AUGUUUGUCGACCGCUGCGGAGCUCUCGGAAGCUAUACGAAGUCCCUGGUUGCUAGGCGCUACUACAUAGGUUGCAAAUCAUGCGCCAGCUCUGUGAUUGAGCUAACACUAGGACCGGGAACCUGCCAUGAUGAUUUUGUACAGCCUGAAUUGAGUAGUGAUGAUACGGGAGUGGCUUCGGAACCUUGGGUUUCUAGGAGAGAUACGAAUGCCGAUCGGAUAAUUGAGGCGCUUGAUAAACAUACAGGGGGAGACUGUCACGAUGUCAUCGCACAUCCUGGAGGCGUUUCGGCUUUCCACCCGACAAGGGUCAUGGAAGAGAAGAAAGCAAGGACAAUUACCGUGGAACCAAGGGGAGAACAGGGGGAAAGUGGACUCGCUGAGAACAAGGCUGGAAAGCCUCGACCCUGUAGGGCCAGUAUUUACGUCGUAUCUUACAUCGUAUUCGCGAUCGAGGAAAGGCCCUUGGCUCCGGAAGGGAAUAGAUACUUUCUUCGUGCCGUGUUUCGAGCAGCGUGCUUUCUUGCCCAUCCUGGCCAACAUUCCGCUGACUCAUUGGAUGCGGCUUACACCUCUAAUCCAACCAAUGAGAAUGACUCCAGCUGGUCUGACUGGCAACACAAGCUUGGUAACAAUACUAGAUGUGACGAGGAUCAUCUGGUCGCGACGGGCAGAAUGCCUGCAGUGGCUGAGAAACGGACUGAUCGAAUCUGGUAA